AUGCCUGCUCGCCUCACGUGUCCUCCAGCGUUUCGAGCACUGCUUUACGAGUCUGUACUCGAGCGCUUCGGCUGUGCACCGUGCAGCAAUGCGUAUGCAGGCUGGCGUGUGCGCAGCGCUAGUGUCUUACAACGCUAGCUCGAUGGGCCUUGCGACCACGUUUUGAGCCUUACGCGUCGCGAUCGUUUGUAUAUUACUCACGGCCGAGCGCGCCACACAGGGGUCGCGUGACACGCAAUGGGAAGCGCCGUAAGAGCAAGACAAGAGAAAAAGCAUGCAAAGGCAACUGGCCCUGCACGAGCACAAGCGCCAAAGAAAAUCAGUCCAUUGGAAACGGCACUUCUAGUGGGCAUACCGAUCGUCUUCGGCCUUUGCGCGAGUUAUUUCUUCUCGCGCGGCGCCGCGUCGAUGGCGCACGUGGAGCCGCGCGACACCUGAUUUCCACGCAGGCGCCUCGUGAAAAGAUUGAGAGGCGAUUAUAUGCUGGGGGUCUUCCCGAAGGACGCCAAGGGCCUGAAAGCGUCCGUGCUAUUGAUGGUCGUGGGACGCGUGGGGUACUUGGGCCUCGACCUCCUCAAGCGGCGGGUGAAGGCCGUCGAGGCGCGCGCGCGCGCGGACGAGGCCGCCGCGGCGCCGGCGGCCGCGGCGGCGCAAAAAAAGAAGGACGAGUGA